AUGAUCACAUUACAAGAUAUUGAGCUCAUGUUUCGCAUGGUCGUAGAUGGUGACCCCUUGAUUCAAGCUGAUGCCCGAAAUAUACACCUUGUGAGGUGGCAACAGUUGAUCCGCAAGCUUACUGGUUGGGCACUUGUUGAGAAUUGUUUUGACGGUGUCAGUAGGCUGAAAGUAAAUAAAUUAGUUGAAUAUAUGAACAGCUUAGAUGCCAUUACAGAUCAGACCAUAGAAAUUGAUGUGCAAAAGAAGGUCAGGUUGUACUUGCUAUGGCUGUGUGGCGGCAUGAUAUUUUCGGAUAAGUCCGGUGACUUGCUUAAUUUAGACUAUUUUCUUGACAUGCGUGACCUUAACGCAAUGGGUACACAAGCUUGGGGAGCAGCUGCAUUGUCAUACUUGUAUACUUCUCUAUGCCGUACUUCAAUGCGCAAAGCCAGCGAUGUUUGUGGAUUCGUUUCCUUAUUGUAG